AUGGCUUUAAUCAGCGCCAUGGCUCUGUGUUCUUUCCUAGGACUACACGCUAACACUAUAACUAUUGUUGCUCCGACUUUAGCCUUUGCUAUAGGAAUCGAUGGUGCUCUAUUUCUCUAUAACAGUUGGGUCAAAAAUCACAAAAGUGGAACUGUCAAGGAUCAUCUGAUGGAGGUGUUUGCUUCAACGCUCCCGUCACUUACGAUCGUUUCAUCGACCGCUAUCGGACUUUUGGCUGGAGGCCUGUUUCCUAUUGAAGAAUACGCUGGAUUAUCUGUCUAUCUAGGCGUUACCGUACUUUUCGUAUACGCUUAUCAAAUAUGUUUCCUUUCAACGGUGAUUGUCUGGUGUUCGCCGAUAGAAACGCAUCGUCCACUAAGUCAAGAAGCUUCCAGGCCUACGAAGCCUCGGCAGAUAUGGUUUGAUAAGCCUCUAGGUAUGGCUGUAGAAUUACCUGCUGUGGAGAUCAGCUUUCUUUCUUUGUUGUUGUGUUGCGCGUUCCGAUUUCCGACUUUCUGCUGGGCCUCUUCCGGGGAGGAUUCAGGUGCCUAA